UUUGGAGAUGAUUUGGACAGCAGGACCUUCAAAGCCAAUGCACUCACAGAAUGUCUUUCCCACACCAGGAAUUCCCAUUGCCAGACUUUGGCUGGAUGGAGGAAGAGAAGGCUGUGAGGAGGAGGAAGUUGUCCCGGGAACCCCAGGCAGACAAGGAGGCCAGGGAGGACAAAUCCCCUCAGCAGAACCUCGUGGAAGAGGCUGUUUUGAGCGGCUCCAUGGCACAGGAAUGCAACGGGGAGGAAAAGGCGCGGAGAUCCCGCCCGAGGAGGGGCUCCAAACCCAUGCCAGGGUGCUCCGAGGAGGAAGGACCCACCCUGUGUCAGGAAGGCAGCCAGAGAUGUGGCCAGAGCUCUGAGCUGGUGGUGCAUGAACAGCUUCACAAUGGCAAGAAGCUGCACCAGUGCUCGGAAUGUGGGAAGAGUUUCUGUGCAAAGUCCAGCCUGGUCCGGCACCAGAAGAUCCACACUGGAGAACGGCGCUACGAGUGUGGGAAAUGUGGGAAGCGCUUCAGAGACACCUCUGACCUGCUCCGCCACCAGAGAGUCCACACUGGGGAGCGGCCCUAUGAGUGUGGGGAGUGUGGGAAGAGCUUUGCUGACAGCUCCAACCUGAUUGUCCACAAGAGGAUCCACACUGGGAAACGGCACUAGAAAUGUGGAGAAUGUGGGAAAGGCUUCAUGAAGAGCUCCCACCUCAAACACCACCAGAUGCUGUGCACUGGAAUCUGACCCUGUGUGUGUGGGGAGAGCGGGAACAGCUUCUGUGACAGCUCUGGCCUGAUCAUGCAGCAGACAGUGCACACUGGGGAAUGCCUCUACACGUGCUCAGAAUGUGGGAAGAGCUUCAUCCAGCACUCCAAGCUGUUUGUCCACCGGCAGAUGCACAGUGGAGAGAGGCCCUAACAGUGUCCUGAGUGUGGGAAGAGCUUCUCCCAGAGCUGUGCCGUGGCCCAAGAGCAAUGGAGGCAGCAGGAAGGGAAGCCCUACAAGUGCCCUGAGUGCGGGAAGAGCUUUGAGCGCUGCUCCAACUCCGUCCCCCGUUGGAGGAGCCCAUUGGAUGAUCCCCAGUGAGCCCCAUUGGGCAGAGCCUUGGGGAUCCACGGUCCUGGUGAUCCAUGGUGGGAAGACAGCUGGCUGGUGGUCUCCACAUCUUCCUGGCCCCCUGUGGGCACCUGGAUGCAAAAGGAGCUCAAGGGGACGUGGCCAUGGAUGGUGACAUGGACAUGG